GUUUGAUUGGUCAGUUUUGCAGUGUGGGCGCGGCCAGACGUCAAUGUUUUGUAGACCGCUGUACGCGUAUGUAACCGCACCAAGGACUCUGCAAUGUGAUUUCCUGACAUUGAUUUGUUUUCGUAUCGAUAACCCACCGUCUUCUCCGCGUUAUGCACCAGCCUUUGACAUGGGGAACCACUAGCAGGUGAAACACGGAAGAAACCGAGGAAAACGCCGGAAUGGCGGGCGCCUUUGGCUUCAAAGGCUGCCAGAAAAUUCGAGGUCCGCAGCUUAGAAACCUGCUGGAGGCGAAGGACUUCAUCCUCUUUGACUGCGACGGGGUUAUAUGGCACGGGGAGAAGGCUAUCACCGGCGCAGUCAAGGUGGUGAAUUCGCUGAUAAGACACGGGAAAAACGUAGUGUUUGUUACCAACAACAGCACCAGGCCCAGGGAGAAUUAUGUGCACAAGUUCUACCGGCUGGGCUUCACCGACGUGAUGCUGGAGCAGAUCUUUAGCUCGUCGUACUGCUCGGCUCUCUACUUGAGAGAUGUCGUCAAGGUCCACGGACAGGUGUUUGUCAUCGGCUGCGACGGACUGCGCAGAGAGCUGCAGGAGGCGGGCAUCCCCUGCGUGGAGGAGGCGGACAAUCCGGACGCAACCAUCUAUAACUGCAACCUGGCUCCGGACGUGAAGGCGGUGCUGGUGGGACAUGAUGAUAAACUGACUUUUCUCAAACUGGCAAAAGCCUCGUGCUACCUGAGGGACCCGGACUGUCUGUUCUUGGCCACCGACAACGACCCAUGGCAUCCCCUGUCAGGUGGAAGGAUAUUGCCAGGUAAUGUGGAUUUAAUAAUCCGAGUCAUUGUCAUUGGUGUUAAAUACUGUUUAUGUAAGUGUUGCCUUUGUCUGCGCCAGACCACUCCGCAUAGGGGUCAAAGGUCCCUAAACCAACCCUAUUUUGGUGUGUUACUCAAGAGCUUUUACAUAAUUUAGUUGUGUUUUUUCCUUCAAACAGAAUCCCCUAACACUGUUUACUUAAACCACAGUAAAUCAUGGAUUAACUGACUGUUAAUUUAUCACCAAAAUCAAGAGCAACAGUAUCAAAAAUCCUCUCCACUUUGAGAAAAUCACAUCAAAGUUAUUAUUUAAAUGAAUUAUACUAAGAUAUGUUGUUAAAACUUAUAGGUGGAAGUAGGGCUGGGUGAUAAAACAUUAAUGAUAUAUAUCAAAAAUUAAUUUCCCUCAAUAUCAAUAUAAAACAUGGUUAAUAUGCUUUUCAAUAGUCAGCAUUCUGCCAUGUUUUGGUAGACUAUACGAAUAGCCAAUGAAAAGCGGAGUUGCUUCAGGUCUACUUUGUGCUGAACCAAUUGUGCUGAAUUAUAACCAAGUAGUAAACAACUGUGUAGUAGCAGGCUACACGCAACCAUAGCACUUUAACACCUGAAGCCGACAGCACUGUCAGUGAGAAAAAAAAGGAAUGAGUGCUACCCACGGCAGAAGUGCAGAUGAAGGCUCAACAGAUGAUGACAUCAUCAAAAACGCCAGUGGUGUGGAGGUAUUUUGGAUUCUAGAGGUCGGACAUAAAGCAGAGUAAUGUGCACUGCAAAUUAUGUCCAGAACAUGUUCUCAAAUUUGGGGAAUACCUCAAAUCUUUUUCACCUUCUGAAGCAGUGCCACGCAGCAGAACAUGCACACUGCAAAAGGUUACAAACCCUGAGUGGAGCGAGAAGCCCAUGGCGCCUGUGCAGCCGAAACAGCCGACCAUCCAAUCUGCUUUGUCUGGCGCAGUGGUUUUCAAUCCAGUCCUCGAGCCCCCCUGUCCUGCUUAUUUUGGAUGUUUCCCUGCUCCAACACACCUGAUUCAAAUGAUCAGCUUGUUAUCAAGCUCUGCAAUGGCUUAAUAACGAGCUGAUCAUUUGAAUCAGGUGUGUUGGAGCAGGGAAACAUCCAAAACAUGCAGGACAGGGGGGGCUCGAGGACUGGAUUGAGAACUACUGGUCUAGCGCAACACCUUACUAAAAAACGUCAAAGAGACACGAAGACCUCACAGAUGCAGUAGCCUAUUCUAUUGCAAAAGACAUGCGACUAAUAAGCAUUGUUAAAUUUAAUUUUUCAUAGCAUGAUACAUAUCAAUAUCGACUGAUAUGAAAAAAAUAUAUUGUGAUAAACUUUUUCCCAUAUCGCCCAGCCCUAGGUGGAAGUAUGCAUCAUCUACAUGCAGCAUUUUUAUAAAGGUUUUAAAUCUAUUCCGUGACACCUUGAGAUUAUGUGAUAGAGCUCCAAGAGGUUUAAUAUGCUCAGCUUUAAUUGCAUUGACCUCAGUUCAAGUCCAUGCUGCUUUUACAGGUCAUUCUUGUCCAAUAAAGACAAAAGGGCGCCUAAAGAAAGUAUAAAAGUAGAGCAAGACUUUCCCAUAUGCCCUUAUCUUUAGUGGUUUAUUUAUGGGUAGCUAAACAUUGAACAUUUCAGGUCUAUUCAGGAGCCAGAGUAAGUAUGUACAGGACGCUGUUGGGGCUGUAGACUCUGUUCUUCCACGUCAGGUUUGAAGAACCUGUGCUGCACAAAAACAAACAGAGAUAAGAGCUUUUCUAUGGGAUAGCAGCUGAACUCAAAAGCUGAAACAGGUUGCUAUUGGCCACAAUGUAAUGUAAGCUACAAUAUGCCAUAAGAGGCCAGUGCAUGCAAAACCACACAUAUCUCUAGAUUUUACUGUAGGUAUACUCUGUUCCAGAUAUAAGAAAGGGGUUGGUGUAUGAAAGAGCAGAAAAUGUCUUUUCAGAUCCACGUAAGUCUAACUUUCCUUGUAUCGUUACCUUUGAAGGCUCUGGGUCCCUCACCGCAGCCCUGGAGGUGGCCUCGGGCAGGAAGGCUACUGUGAUCGGCAAACCCAGCCGCUUCAUGUUCGAGUGCAUCUCCAGCCAGUUCAGGGGGGUGGACCCUGCGCAGUGCCUGAUGAUCGGGGACCGCCUGGAGACUGACAUGCUGUUCGGGUCCAACUGCGGCCUGGACACCAUGCUCACCCUCACUGGCGUGUCACAGAUCGAGGAGGCUCAGGAGUACAGGAACAGUGAGCUGACCACCAACCACAGCCUGGUGCCCGACUACGUGGUGGACACCAUCGCUGAUUUCUUACCUGCAUUUGAGGAUUUGGAGGAGCAGAGCAAUUGACGUGUCAUUUGCCUCCAGUAAGGAGCACAGAACGCUCCUACUGCAUUAUAAGUGCAAUGUUUAGUCUGCUGUUUGCAAAAAAUGUCGAGAUAAACAAUGAGUGAUAAAUGCUUCUCAUUGUCAAGGCGCUGUUUAUGUUAUGACUGAAACACGCGACCUCGAAAUAUCAGUAAUCCAGUGCAUACCUCAGUGUUUCUUCUAGUGUUGUGCCCAUUUGUGACAGUUCCUAGUUGCUGUAAGUGUUUCUAUCAAUGUAUGAAUAUAAUGCACUUUGGUGUUUGGUAUCGGGUUUUGAACAUCCAGAGGUAUUUUUGUAAAGCCAUGAAUUGCACUGUAACAGCAUUCAUGUGUGUAGGAGCAGGUUGGUCAAUCUUUCACUGGAGGGCAGACAUAUACUUACAAAAACGCACAACCGAUUUCUCAUAUGUGUUUGCCUGAGUGGGACUUUCUCCUGAAAACACUGUGUGAGCUUUUGUCAGCUCUGGUAGAGACUACCAUGACAAUCUGCCAGCCAGCCAGCCAGCCAGGUGAAGUGUGUAUUCACUUUUGGCCUUUCUGUCAUGUCUGUACUACUUGUGCCAAUAUUCAUCCGAGAACUUAACAGCUUACUGAAUUAUAGUUAGAAAACCAGUGACACAUUAACGGUGGCCGGUCAUUCUGCACUGUGUUGGAACUUCAAUGUUGUUAGUGUGUACCAUAUAGAGCAUGCCAGCAACAGUAACAACAAUAAACAACUAAAAUUUAAGCCUGAUUAUGUUUUCGGUGCUCUAACUGCCCU